AUGGUGCCGCAGAAAGACAAGGAGUCUAAGAGGUCAACCUGGAAGUUCACUUUGGACCUUACUCAUUCAGUGGAAGACGGAAUUUUUGAUUCUGGAAAUUUUGGUCAAUUUCUGAGGGAGAAGGCUAAAAUCAGUGGAAAAACUGGAAACCAUGGGAAUGUUAGUCACAUUGAACAGUUCAAGAAUAAGUUCACAGCUGUUUCUGAGAAACAGUUCUCUAAAAGAUAUUUGAAAUAUCUUACCAAGAAAUAUCUUACAAAGAAUAAUCUUUGUGAUUGGCUUCACGUGGUUGCAUCUGACAACGAGGCUUACGAACUCCAAUGCUUCCAAAUUAGUCAGGAUGAAGACAGACGAGAGUCUGAGGACCAGGUGGUGGCCACUUACAGGGCUGUGCUUUUUCAUGAAACAAAUGAAGUAUAUGUGAAAAAGAAACACCCAAAGAUGAGCUUUUAG